AUGACGGACCCGUCAGAUGCAGCAAGAAUGCAACCAUUGAAUACACCUGAAUUCAUGAAGAAAAGACUGUCUUCCUUCUAUGGUCCAGUCCUAGGAUCCUUAGGACCUGGGAGGCAAACCAGAUUCAAGCCUCAAGGCAACCAUUCUGAUCAAUUCUCGAGAGCUAGAAUCUCAUUCCAUCAGGACAACGGGGUAGUCCUAGCUGCCUCAUUUCAGCCCUCUGGACAACCUCCGGAAGUGGAAGAGGCCCAGGGCCUCCAAGGGCCCUCAAGGGCCCCGUCCCUAUACUCAAGCCCACCGGGAGAGACGAGGUUUGCAUCCUUCAGUGAGCCGGUAGUAUGGGUUGUGGGGAAGCUUGGGAGAAAUAUCACAAAAGCCGUCCUGGUAGCAUUGUGGUGGCCUGUGGCGGCUUGGCGGGAGCACUAUAGUGGUAGCUCGCAGAUAAAGCGGCGCCGGCAAACACAAACGCUUACCCAUAGUUUGGUGAAAGCCCUCGCUCUCCACGGUCUUGGUGCUGACCCGGCCCCGAAUCGGGUGGAGGCAACUGUGACAGGGAGGUUCACAGAUUUUAUUCGGAGAAACCACGGCUUUAUGGUGUGGGGAAAUAGGGUUUGUCGGAGUCUCUGUGCCCACGUCAGAUAUACCAAUAUUAAUGCGCAAUAUGGUGAAGACAGUGGAGGUCAACGUUCUGACGCGGCUAUCCAGGAUGCGGAUAUUGCAAUGCUGGGCCAGUAA